ACCGGCCCCCAGGAGGGGGAGAGUGCCAGCUUGUGCCUCUCCUCCCUGCCCCUGGGAAUGAGGAAGUGUCUCCAGCCACUUUAAGCCCUCACUUGGCAGCGUAGUUCCCCACUGGCACCAGCAUCCUCGGGUGCAGGGACCUGUCCCCGAGCGCAGAGUGUGGGGUGCCGGUUCUGGACAUGGGUGGGCAAGGAGGAAAGUUGCCCCUGCUGCUGCUGCUGCUGAGCCUUGACGUGCUGGGGACCAAUGUCACAGAUGUAGCAGUCACUGUGUCCACAACUCUCCCUACCUCCUUGACACCCACAGAGACCACAGUGCUGCUGCCCACUACCAACUCCACCACUACAGCCACAGUCCCUUCCUCCAGCCCUGAAACCCCAACCCCAGAGGUGCUCACAGAUGCCUUCACAGUCAGCACUGUCACUCUUGGGGAAAGAAGCCCAGAAGCGUCUGGCAUCAGCACACUGCAGGCAAAGGGCAGCACAGCCCACAAUACCCCUGGGUCGCCUUCCAGUACUGCUGUGGACCCCUCCCCAACAGGGCUGGAGCUCGCCACCAGCACCCCAACUCCAACCCCCACAGCCAUGAAAUCCAACUGUGCUGAGACAACCACUGACACGCCUCGAGGGACCAGCCUGGCCUUGGCUGUCGCCUCGUUUGGAGUCAAAAGGAGCACGCUGCCUUCACCCGCCUCUGCUGCCUUGCCCCUCACCUCGAUGAGCCCCACGCUCCGCAGCAGCACCAGCCAAGGGCCUGCCAUGACUCUGCUGCUUGGCAGCACAACUCUGGACGAGACUUCGACAACCACAUCUCACACCACAGCCACCACCGUGACCAGCACGGUGGUCUCCAGGAGCACCUCCGUCCCGAACGAGCCCGUGGCCACCACCCCAGGUUCCUCCAUCCCGACAGCACUCCAGACCCUCAGUGACACCACAGGGACCACCAUCAAGGAUGUGACAACGACUGUGCCCCCAGCUCUAUCUACCUCCUCAAUACCUAUGGGGACCUCAGCACUGCUAUCUGCCACUGCAGCCACCAUCCCUCCCUCCAGGCAUGAAACAAGAACCCAGGAGAGGUCCAGCAUCUCCCCAGAGACUCACAGCACCUCAUCUCCCACCACACCAGCACCAGCUGCCACUUCAACCAAGCCUUCGGCCAACCCAUUGGACACCAUGGCUACCCCUGAUACCAGCUUCUCCAGGAGUACCCCCACCCCCAGCCAGUUAGUGGAGACCAUGUCUGGGAUUACCCCUGGCAUCUCCACCAUGACUGAGGAGACAACUCUGAACACCUCAGCAGCACCUGAAACCUUCAGUGCAGCCACAGGCAUGGACCCCUCUUCCUUUGCUACUGACUCAUCCCAAGUCUCAGAGGUUACCCUCAGCACUCCUGCAGAUGUGCCAGUGACAACCAUUUGCCCUACCAUCAUGUACAACACUAAUGCAUCUCUCUUUCUGUCCCUGCGGCUAACUGUUCCCCUGGACCUGGGGAACACCACGGUGCAGGAGCUGGUGUUGUCCAAGCUCCAUGAGGACCUGCAGACAGCGUUUCCAUGUGCUGGCCUGGCACUGAAGUGGCGAGGGAAGAGAAGGACCUGACUGCUCUUGCUUGCCAGCUGGGACCCCCGUGGACUUGGCAAACAUUCUGCUCCCAACUCCUUACUCCACAGUGCUACAGCCCUUGGGGUAACUUGUACAGCUCCCCUUGAGCUUGGGACUCUCCAUCCUUCACUGCACACCCCCAGAGAACCUCCAAUGCCCUCUGUGGGCUGGGGUGCCCCUGCCCUUUCCUGAAGCCUGACUGUAGAACAUGAGCCCUCCCACAAAUCUUCACUGGACCUGGCUCCCACAGUGGGACAACCCCGGGGCCAACAGCACACCCUGUGGUAGCACCAACAGAGGAGCAUACCUCUCAUGGCAAAGAUGAUGACUUUUUUUUUUUUCUUUCUUUUUCAAAGUUUCCUUCCACAGUUUUCAUGUUUGCCAUCUAGCAGAGGUAUCAGUGAGGAAAACCAGCUCAGUCCUAAAUUCUUGGCAGCAGCGAGAGGGGCUCAGGGCUGUCCCCUCCUGGCAUGGGGGUGCUGUAGACAUUCCCAAGGAUGGCUCUGCACCCCGAUAGGCUGGGAGCCUGAGGUUCCCCACCUUGGUCCUCUCUGCCCCAGGACACCCCAGAGCUGCCAAGAGCAGCUGUCUUCACUGUGGAGCCAUGGAAAUCCCGUGGGCUGUGCUCCUUCCCUGUUUUUUUCCAGUCCCAAGCUAAGGAGACAGCCUCAGCGUCUGUCCCCCUACAGCAAAGUCAUUUAUUAACUGAUUAAUUACCCAGAUAAAAUACAACUGAAGCAAUUAUUAGCUUAAGCAAGUCACCUCUCCGGGAGAUUGAAAACUAAAAUAAUAAGCAAAAUA